ACGCGCUUCAGUUGCCGCUAGUAUUGGUUCAUCGCAAAUAGUCUGUUUGCCGUUUGGAUUGGUGUAAACGACGUUGUACGCAUGUUCUGCACAGUUCCAUGUAUUUGCAUGCUCAAGAGUCAAAUAUAAAUAUGCAGACGAGAUCUUUCGGCUGGACGAACAUAACUGAAAUUGAAUUCUCAUUGACAGUCUGUUUUCUCAGGGCCUCAGGUCGAGGAUCUGUACUCAAAAGGGCGCUCGAUUGUUCUUGUUCCUCACUCCCACUAAUCGACCCUGCACCCGUCUUCACCGUGGUUGAUACUCAGUUCAUCCAGUACAACGUCCUUAACGAGUGGCAGACUUUCGGUUUCGUGAACAUCACUGGGUACUGCAAAACCUACGAGAAUGGCCCUCUCACUCACACUUACCGGGUUGUGGGUGCUGCGCCCGUGUUGAGCUACUUAUAAGUCAGUUCGAAGCUUCCAAGUGAUUCUAAUGGUGUCGUUUCGUUGCUGGCUUAAUGGUCUGCAAAGGCGAUCUCCACCGCUCUUAGUGAGUACCCUUUCACCCAGAUCCUGGGGCCUCACUUAAACUCGAAGCAUUUUUACGACUUUUAUGGUUUUCAAUAUAUUCACAAUGCUCGAUUGAGAGCGCUCUCGGCCAUUUU